AUGCUGGCCCAAGUACUUCGAAGGCAAGCCCUUCAGCAUGUCAGACUUGCGCGUGCCGCAGCGCCCAGCCUAACAAGGUGGUAUGCUUCGUACCCUCCGCACACUAUCGUUAAGAUGCCCGCCCUGUCCCCGACCAUGACGUCGGGCAACAUUGGUGCUUGGCAAAAGAAACCCGGCGAUGCGAUUACCCCGGGUGAGGUGUUGGUCGAGAUCGAGACCGACAAGGCCCAGAUGGACUUCGAGUUCCAGGAGGAGGGUGUUCUCGCGAAGAUUUUGAAGGAAACUGGCGAGAAGGACGUCGCCGUUGGCAGUCCGAUUGCCGUCCUGGUCGAGGAGGGCACCGAUAUCAAUGCUUUCCAGAAUUUCACCCUUGAAGACGCUGGCGGUGAUGCUGCCGCCCCCGCCGCGCCGGCGAAGGAGGAGCUGGCCAAGGCUGAGACUGCCCCUACGCCGGCCUCGACCUCCGCUCCUGAGCCCGAAGAAACCACCUCUACUGGCAAGCUCGAGCCUGCUCUCGAUCGCGAGCCCAAUGUUUCCUUUGCCGCCAAGAAGCUUGCCCAUGAGCUUGAUGUGCCCCUGAAGGCCCUCAAGGGCACUGGCCCUGGCGGCAAGAUCACCGAGGAGGAUGUCAAGAAGGCCGCUUCGGCCCCGGCCGCUGCUGCUGCCGCUCCCGGUGCUGCUUACCAGGACAUUCCUAUCAGCAACAUGCGCAAGACUAUCGCUACCCGCCUCAAGGAGUCCGUCUCGGAGAACCCCCACUUCUUUGUCACUUCUGAGCUUUCUGUCUCUAAGCUUCUGAAGCUCCGCCAGGCCCUGAACAGUUCUGCUGAGGGUCGGUACAAGCUCUCCGUCAACGACUUCCUCAUCAAAGCUAUUGCUGUGGCUUGCAAGAGGGUCCCGGCUGUCAACAGCUCGUGGCGCGACGGCGUGAUUCGUCAGUUCGAUACUGUUGACGUCUCCGUCGCCGUUGCUACUCCCACUGGUCUUAUCACCCCUAUUGUCAAGGGCGUCGAGGCUAAGGGCCUAGAAACCAUCUCGGCGACCGUCAAGGAGCUCGCUAAGAAGGCACGUGAUGGCAAGCUCAAGCCCGAAGAUUACCAGGGUGGCACGAUCAGCAUCUCCAACAUGGGCAUGAACCCGGCUGUCGAGCGUUUCACUGCUAUUAUCAACCCUCCUCAGGCCGCCAUCCUGGCUGUUGGCACUACUAAGAAGGUCGCUGUCCCGGUUGAGAACGAGGAUGGCACCACCGGCGUUGAGUGGGAUGAUCAGAUCGUUGUCACUGCCAGCUUCGAUCACAAGGUUGUCGAUGGUGCUGUCGGUGCUGAGUGGAUGCGGGAACUCAAGAAGGUUGUCGAGAACCCUCUUGAGUUGCUUCUCUGA